AUGCCUGCCCUCAUCCCCGUUGACAAUCUCUUGGGUGCGGCUUUCAUCGGCAUAGUACUCUCAACUGUGCUUUAUGGCGUGUCGUGUCUGCAGACAUACUUGUAUUAUACGCAUUACAGCAAAGGCGAUAGCCUGCGGCUGAAGCUCUUUGUUUCCCUCGUCGUCGCCUUGGAUACCUUGCAUGUCGCGCUGAUAUCGACCGCGUACUAUCACUAUACAGUGACAAACUUUGGGGACUCUUCCGCGCUUAAAAGAGUGACUUGGAGUCUUGCGGUUCAGAUAACUUUCGGAGGCCUUGUGGGGUUGCUGGUGCAAUUAUUCUUUGCAAAGAGGAUUUAUGUCCUCGGGAAGCGGCGGCUUGUAAUCCCCGGCAUCAUCGGUCUCCUUGGUUUUGUUGAGCUAGGCUGUUCAAUAGCGUACACCAUUGCUGGUUACAGCGAUCACUACUUCUCUGUGUCUGGCAAGGAAGGACAUGCUGAUGCAUACACGAGUACGGCACUGACUGCUAACAUUGUCUGCGACUUAUUGAUCGCGGGAUGUACCGUGUAUUACUUGCGGGAGGGUCGAACGGCUUUUUAUCGGACAAACAAAGCUGUCACUCUCCUGAUGACCUAUGCGCUCAGCACAUGUAUUCUCGCCAUGAUCUUCAGUCUCGUCUGUCUCAUCACCUGGGUCACCAUGAACCAAACACUGAUAUACGCCGUAUUCUAUUGGAUCCUGAUUCGAAUCUAUCCAUGUUCCUUCCUAUCGACCUUGAACUCUCGCGAGGCUUCCCUGUCAGGACAAGGAUCGUCUCGAAGUGGCCCGCAUGAGACCGUCGUCGAGCCGUGCUUUUGA